AUGACGGGUGAAGCUCGCACUGAGGCGGAGCCCUCCGGACUUGUGAACACCCUUCAAGGCCACGUGGAUGAUGUUCGCGGCUUGAUACAGUGUGGGAUAUGCAUACGACCUCUGUAUGAGCCAUUUACCAUUGCCUGUGGGCAUACCUUUUGUUACUCAUGUCUCGCAUCAUGGUUUGCUGGAGGCAAAUCGAAAAGGACAUGUCCAGAUUGCCGAGCGCCUGUCAAAACUCAGCCUGCGCCCGCCUAUUUGGUCCGAGCCAUCGUCCAAAUGUUCACUAGUCGCCCAGAGCUUCUAGAUAGGGAAGAUACUACAGCAGAUCACUCGAAAAAUCACCGCGAAGAAUCGGACAGGCUUGACAGGGAUAAAGCAAACACAGACCCAGUCAGCGGAGGCUUAUUUGGCGGACUUUUUAAACCUCCGCAACCCAAACCAAUCGUUGACAUCGAAGACGGUGUAACGCGAUGUCCGUUAUGCUCUUUCGAGCUCGAAGAUGGCAUAAAUUGCGGAGGAUGUGGCUACAUAUACCAGCCAGAUCCCGAGGGUACAGAUUACAGUGGAUCAGAUAUCAGCGACAGCGAUCUUGGAUCGAUGAUCGAGGGAGAUACUGAUUCUGAAGAGGAUUAUGAAGGUGAACAACAGCACCACCAUCACCACCACCACCAGCCACCGAUGAACCCUUUUGCACCCUCAUAUCGACCGCCAGGGUCUUUUGACCCACCCAUGGAUUACGGCCGAUUUUUCAUGAACGCGUUCCCUCACGGCAUACCUGGUGUCCGAAUGAAUUGGCAACCUCAACGUGUCAACCACAGUACGCAUUAUUGGCCAUCUGGUCGCCCUUUGCCUGACAGUGACGCGGGGGAGGAAGAGGAAGAGGAAGAGGAGGACGAUGAGUACGGUGGAUCAUUCAUCGAUGAUGGAGAGGAGGGCGAGGAAGACAUCGAGGCGGAAGAAUCUCAAUCCGAUCGUUCGACCGUUGUCGGGACCACUCACACUUACAGCCAUUCUUUCUCUCGCAUUCCCCCUCUUGUACGAUACCCACCUGUGUACGGCCCUACUUCUGCACCCGAGGUGGAUUACGACUGGGAAAGCGAAGAUGACGAUGCAAUUGCGAGACUAAGAGGACCCUGGCAGCCUGAUGACAAUUACGAGGUCCUCUCCGAAGGUGACAGCCAUGAGGUUCAAUCUUCAUCCGUAUAUGGCGCCGAUGAGAUUGAAGAAGAGGAUGAGGAUGAGGACGAGGAUGAUGAAGUUCCACACAGGGGUAUUAGUUGCCGGCAGUACCUACCGACUUCUAUGGACGUGGCAGAGAAUGACCCGAGUGAGGACGAAUGCUCUAGUUCACCCCCGAGGGCGCGACAACCCAUACCUCAACCUCCAAGAGAUAUAGGGCUAUCAGCUCGCACCGCCAUAACCAUUGAUGACUCGGAUGAAGAACCUGUCGGCCCCGUUCGACGAACAGCUCACCGACGACAACAAGUUCGAUUCUCCCCGUAUUGA